AUGAGGAAGCUGCUUUACAGACACGCCUGUUUUGCACACGUCACUCAAACACAGAACCAGGAAACAGGAAUCACAUGAGUUCAGAGAAACUGAAACUGAAGAGUAGUUUAGCUGUUGUGUGUUUGUGUCUCUGUAUUCAUGCAGUAAAAUGGCAGAAGCCAGAAUUUCUCAGGAUGAGUUCAUGUGUUCAGUGUGUCUGGAUCUCCUGAAGGAUCCAGUGGCCAUUCCCUGUGGACACAGUUACUGUAAGAUCUGUAUUACAGGCUGCUGGGAUCAGGAGGAUCAGAAGAGAGUCUAUAGCUGUCCUCAGUGCAGACAGACCUUCAGUCCAAGACCUGCUUUAGCUAAAAACACCAUUCUGGCUGAAAUGGUGGAGAAACUGAAGAAGAUUAAACUUCCUGCUGACUGUUACGCUGGAGCUGGAGAUGUGCAGUGUGACGUCUGUACUGGAAGAAAACACAAAGCCGUCAAGUCCUGUCUGAUGUGUCUGAACUCUUACUGUCAGAAUCACCUUGAACAACAUGAGAGUUUGUUUAAAGGAAAGAGACACAAUCUGACUGAAGCCACUGGACGACUGCAGGAGAUGAUCUGCCCGAAACACGACAAGAUCCUUGAUGUUUUCUGCCGCACUGAUCAGAAGUGUAUAUGUGUGCUGUGUAUGGAUGAACAUAAUAACCACGACACUGUAUCAGCUGCAGCACAGAGGACAGAGAAACAGCACCAGCUGAAGGAGACGCAGAGGUCGUUCCAGCAGAGGAUCCAGCAGAGAGAGAAAGAUCUUCAGCAGCUGAGAGAGGCUGUGGAGUCUCAUAAGCGCUCUGCACAGACAGCAGUGGAGGACAGUGAGAGGAUCUUCACUGAGCUCAUGCGCUCCAUUGAGAGAAGACACUCUGAGGCCACACAGCGGAUCAGAGAUCAGGAAAAGACUGCAGUGAGUCGAGCUGAAGGACGACUGGAGCGACUGGAGCAGGAGAUCAAUGAUCUGAGGAGGAGAGACGCUGAGCUGGAGCAGCUUUCACACACACAGGAUCACAUCCAUUUCCUGCAGAGUUUCCAGUCUCUCUCAGCUCCUCCUGAAUCUACAGACGUAAAUGACGAUCCCUUCAGUUCUCUCUCCUCUUUUGAUGGAGUGAGAGAAUCUGUCCGUCAGCUGAGAGACAAACUGGAGGAUUUCUGCAAAGAGGAGCUGAAGAAGUUCUCUGACAGAGGUAAAACACUUAUAGAGAAAAAGAACAUACCUACUGCAGAGAAAGUAUUCUUCCUUCAAAAAUAUAAGCCACUCAAUCUGGAUCUGAACACAGUGAAUAAACGCCUCCGUCUGUCUGAGAGGAACAGAGUGAUUACUGGCACUGACACAGUCCAGCUGUAUCCUGAUCAUCCAGACAGAUUUGAUCAUCUUCAGGUGUUGUGUAGAGAGAGUGUGACUGGACGCUGUUACUGGGAGAUUGAGUGGAAUGGGACUGAUGUGCGUAUAUCAGUGUCAUAUAAGAGCAUCAGCAGGAAGGGAUUAAGUAGUGAGUGUUUGUUUGGACGUAAUGAUCAGUCCUGGAGUUUGUUCUGCUCUUCCUCCAGUUACUCAUUCAUGCACAAUAACAUAAAGAUUCAUCUCCCUGUAAAGUCCAUCAUCAGUAGAAUAGGAGUGUAUGUGGAUCACAGUGCAGGAACUCUGUCCCUCUACAGCGUCUCUGGAGACACAAUGAGCCUCAUCCACACAGUCCAGACCACAUUCACUCAACCGCUCUAUCCUGGG